UUAGGGUUGUGAUUAGACUCUGGAUCAGUACUAAAACCAUUUCUGCUCUGCCACCACUGUGAGAAGUGCCGGAAAAUGGCGUUGCCGUUACGGAAGUUCAAACCCAGCAAGGAUUUGGCGAAGAGGUCGACGGAGAAGUAUCUGGAAGAAGCACUGUACAUCAGGCUUUUUAAAGAUGGUGGCUCAGAGAAGAGCGUCCGGCUGCAGUUGAAUAAGUUCAUCAAGAGUCGCAAGCGAGUUUUCAAAUGGGAAGUUGGAGAUACACUCAAAAAGCUUCGUGAUAGGAAGCUGUACUAUCCUGCUCUCAAGCUUUCAGAAACAAUGGCCAAAAGGGGCAUGAACAAGACAGUAAGUGAUCAAGCAAUACAUCUUGAUUUAGUAGCCAAGGCUCGAGGAAUUGCUGCUGCUGAGAAUUACUUUGUCAGUCUUCCUGAAUCAUCAAAAAAUCAUCUUUCCUAUUCCUCUCUUCUCAACUGUUACUGCAAGGAAUUAUUGACUGAAAAGGCUGAAUCUCUCUUCGAAAAGAUGAAGGAACUCAAUCUACCGCUGACCUCUAUGCCAUGUAAUUGCCUUAUGACCCUAUACACGAAGAUUGGGCAGCCGGAUAAAGUUCCUACAAUCAUACAGGAAAUGAAGGCUGCCAAUGUAACGUUUGAUUCCUAUACAUACGUAGUGUGGAUGAGGGCACUUGCUGCUUUAAAUGAUAUUUCUGGUGUGGAACGGGUUAUUGAUGAGAUGAAGAGGGAUGGAGUUAAGGGAGAUUGGACAACAUAUAGCAAUUUAGCCUCAAUUUAUGUUAAUGCAAACAUGUUCGAGAAGGCAGCUAAGGCGCUGAUGGACUUGGAGAAGAUAAAUACUUCCCGAGAUCUCUUUGCUUUUCAGUUCCUCAUUACGUUGUAUGGACAAAUUGGUGACCUGAUUAAAGUUUAUAGCGUUUGGCGCUCAUUAAGGUUGGCCUUUCCAAGAACUGCAAAUAUAAGCUAUCUCAAUAUGAUUCAAACACUGUUGAAAUUGAAAGAUUUACCUGGUGCGGAGAAAUGUUUCAAGGAAUGGGAAUCGGGGUGCUCAACUUACGAUAUUAGGAUUGCAAAUGCUCUUAUAGGAGCUUAUACCAAGGAGGGUUUACUAGAGAAAGCUAUGGCGCUCAAGGAACGAGCCCUAAAAAGAGGAGCUAGACCUAAUGCGAAAACUUGGGAAAUUUUUCUGGACUAUUAUCUUAAAAAUGGCGACUUUAAACUGGCAGGUGAUUGUGUUGCCAAAGCAGUAUCUAGAGGUAAAGGAGAUGGUGGGAAAUGGAUGCCUUCUCCUGAGAUCAUUAAAUCAUUCAUGAGCCAUUUCGAGCAAGAAAAAGAUGUUGAUGGAGCAGAGAGUUUUCUUGAAAUCGUGAAGAAGACAGUUGACAGUUUAGAGUCCGAAGUUUUUGAAUCAUUGAUUAGAACAUACUCUGCAGCAGGAAGGACAAGUUCCUCGAUGAAUCGCCGGUUGAAAAUGGAGAAUGUGGAGGUCAGUGAGGCUUGCAAGAAGUUACUUAACGAAAUAUCUAUUGAAUGAGCUUUUGUUGUAUCACUUUUCUUUUGAAAUUCCAAGCUCAGGGGGGAAAUGAUUUUUUUCAAUGGUUAUUUAAUUUUAAAUAAAGUCACUUUUCCUUCUGUCGUUGUCAAAUACUCACAACAGCACCACCUCUUGUUGGUUGCUGAAAAAUGAAGUUCAUAUGCAAAUUGUAUUGAACUUCUUUCCCAUUUACAUCUUUUCGGUUGGUAGUUGCCAAGCUCCUGUACUUCAUAUACUUUUCUUUCAGUAAGUAGACUAGUUAACACUUACCUUA